UAAAUCAAAGUUAUUACGUAAGGAAUGCUGUUGACUGGUUUCGACGGAAAAUUCACAUGCGUGUGUCGUUCUUCAAAAGUGAGCUUGCUUACACUUUGUUAUGUUCGUGAAUCACUUGUCUGACAACAAAGACACCGAACAUGCUCGUUGCCGAGAGGCUGUAAAGCGCAAGUUGAAGUCCGUGUAAUCGUCAUAGCUCUUGUCAUCUUACCGAAUCGGAUAUACCAGAAAUUUAUUUCUUGUUUUCGUCGAUGGCGUACCCAUAGGUUAGCUAGUUGCAGUCCUGUAAAUAUUAGCCAAUUCUUGCCACAUCAUUGCAGAUAUAGACGUAAGUGUGUGAUCAAAACCUGACCAAACGUGCAGUAGGCCAAUCACACACUGCAGUUUUCCUCAGUUUGCAGUUUUCCUCAGUUGGUUGGCAGGCACUGAUAAAUAAACCAUGAGGCUUAAACUGUAUCACUCUUCUUACAUCUACAUUUGUGCACUUGUUUUUGUGUGCCUGUGGACACACUGCAGAUUUGAAGACAUAGAUGAUGAUGAUGAUGCUGUGGUGACCACAGAAGAAAUAGUACCGGAAGAGGCAGUUGUAAACGAAGAAAUAAAUUAUGAGAGUCCUAGACCAUCUGGAAAUGUUUAUUUUGCUGAGCAUUUUGAUGAUGUGAAUCGAUUCAAACAGAGAUGGGUUAGUUCUGAAGCAAAGAAAGAAGGCAUUGACGAGAACAUAGCAAAGUAUGAUGGCAGGUGGGAAGUCGAACCUCCUGUAAAAGAUGGUUUGAAAGGAGACUUGGGAUUGGUACUGAAAAGUAAAGCAAAGCACGCAGCAAUUUCAGCGCGGCUGGAUAAGCCAUUUAGCUUUGUAGAUAAGCCACUCAUUGUUCAGUACGAAGUAGUCCUCCAGGAAGGACAAGAAUGCGGUGGUGCGUAUCUCAAGCUGCUUUCAGCAGGAAAGGCCACUGCUGAUUUGCACCAAUUCCACGAUAAAACGCCGUACACCAUUAUGUUUGGGCCAGACAAGUGUGGUAAUGAUCAUAAGUUACACUUUAUCUUCCGACACAAAAAUCCAGUUAAUGGAACUUUAUCAGAAAAGCAUUGCAAGAAACCUAAAGAACGCCUGGAAGAGCCUUUCAAAGACAAACAGCCCCAUCUCUACACCCUAGUGGUACGGCCUGACAAUUCGUUUACCAUUAGCUUAGACAACAAGGUGAUUAAUGAAGGAAGUUUAUUAGAGGACUUCACUCCUCCUGUUAAUCCCCCAAAUGAGAUUGAUGAUCCAAAUGAUAAAAAACCUGACGACUGGGAUGAGAAAGAGAAGAUACCAGAUCCAGAUGCUCGAAAACCUGAUGACUGGGAUGAGAAUGCACCUGCUAUGAUUGUUGAUAGCAGUGCAACAAAACCAGAAGGGUGGCUAGAAGAUGAACCAGAGAUGAUACCUGACCCAAAUGCAGAGAAACCUGAUGAUUGGGACACAGACAUGGAUGGAGAUUGGGAGGCUCCAUUAAUUCCUAAUCCUGUAUGUGAGAAAGCUCCAGGUUGUGGGCCAUGGAAACCACCUAUGGUAGCUAAUCCUGCAUACAAAGGGAAAUGGAGAGCACCUCUUAUUGAUAAUCCAAAUUAUAAGGGCAAAUGGAAACCUCGCCGCAUUCCAAAUCCUGACUUCUUUGAGGACAAGUCACCUUUCAAAAUGACAACAAUCUCAGCUGUGGGGUUUGAACUUUGGUCAAUGUCAAACAUGAUUUUGUUUGAUAAUAUCAUUGUAACUGAUGAUCCUGCUGUUGCUGAGAGGUGGGCAGCUGAAACCUUUAUACUGAAACGCAGAAAAAUUGAUAAGGAUUCUGAAUCACUCUUCAUGAGGCUAGUGAAAUACACCAAUGAACAGCCAUGGCUAUGGGCUGUGUAUGUAAUAGUGAUUGGACUUCCCAUAGUUCUGGUGGUUGUGUUUUGUUGCGGCCCCUCAAGCAAGGAACGUGAUGAACAUAGGCGUACUGCUGAAGCAAAGAAGACAGAUGCCAUAUCUCCUGAUGAUAACAUAGAAGAAAUACAGGAACUGAAACCAAGAAACACUGUUCCAACUUCGAAGAGUGAUCUGGAGGUUCCAGAAGAGGAAGAGGAAGAAGAAGAAGAAAAAAAAACAGCAGCAGCAGCAGCAGAUGCUGCAGCAGAACCAGAAGUGGCAACUUCUGGAGUUCAGGAUGAAGGGGAGAAACCUAAAGGACCCGAAGACUCUAAACCUGAGCAUACAUCAGUUUCGGAACCUGAAGUGGAAAUAAUUGAAGAAGAGGAAGAAGAAAAUAAAGAUGCUGAUGGGGAAACAGCUGCAGGAGAUGCACCUCGGUCUCCAAAGAAAAGACGCCCCCGGAAGGAAUAAAUUGUCCUAAAACAAUGCAGCUGAUCUUUGCAUUACCUCAAAGUGCAGCUUCAGUUUACUGUGCUUUGUGUCUGAAAGAGAAACUCUGAACAUAGAGUGCUAAUUUUGAUUGUGUUUGUUUUACAUUGUUGAAAAUAUUGUGCAGAUGUUUAUAGUUUUAUGUAUUACUGUAUGUGUUCAUGACUGUCAGUGUGAAUCAAAUGUGGGUAACAAACUCGGUUAUUUUUAAAAAAAAUGCAGUUGAAAUAUUUUCGUUACACUGCUUCAGUUCUGGUCAUUUUAACUGUUUCAUUUAUGUUUUUUAUUUAUAUAUAAUUAUUAUUGUUUUCUUAAAGUUUAGUAUGGAUGUGUCACAGAGAAUAUGGUUGAAGUAACAAGUGUGUACCAAAGUUUUUGUAGUGUUUGCAUAAUCUUGCUAUCAAUGCCUUAUAAUGCUGGAAAUCAUUGCCAGGAUAAACAUUCAUUUCAUUCCAUGCCAUUUAUUUCUACAUAAUGAUAUGUAAAGAAAUUUAAAGCUGUUAGAUAUUUUAGUUUGGAAGAUGCUGAAGAGUAUUAAAUUGUCAUUUAGUAACCUCAUUCUUCCAAUAUGUUAUACUUUUAUCCAUUUUCCAUGUAUAUUAUUUCAAAAGUAUUUAUUGUAGAAAUUUGAGGUUCUAAUAUAGAAUAAUCAUUUUGUAAGGAGAUAAUGAAUAAUUGGACAU